AUGUCUAAAUUGCAAAACGGCGUCUAUGCCAAUGGUGUGCACAACGGUUUGCACAAUGGCGACAACGUGUCGAGCUCAGGUGCCCCUUCAAGGGUAACUCUACACCUCGGACAUCUUCCCAGCAAGAAGGACAUCAAAGCGCCUUGGCCAAGGACGCCGACCAGGGUUGACCCCAACAACCCGCCUUGGCCCGCCUACCGUGGGUACCACGAGUACUCUUUCGCCCAUGCGACCAUGCAGUCCCGCCUGCCCACAAUCCUCGGAAAGGCCAUUGAGGACACUAUCCGCACGCUCAACGAGCAGUCGUCCGAAGAGCGUGUUGUCGACCUCGUCGCAUGCAUCGACCGCAUGGGGGACUUAAUGACCGACCUGAGCGGCAACGCCAAGCUUCGGCCUAUCAUCGACGACGACGAAGGCGAUGUUGCCCUAUGGAACAAGGAAAUCGCCAAGUAUUUCCAGGGCAAAGACUUCAUGAACGCCCCGUGGCUUUUCGCCGAGGCGUACAAGUACCGUCGGCUUCAUGAGUGCUUCAGUACCAGCAAGUUCUGGCGUGACUACGAUGUCUUCUAUCGUCAAAAAUGCGAUACCUUCUCGCGCUCAUCCGAUGCGGUCUUUGAGCUCUCCUUGCGCUUCGCUGAACCAUUCAAGAUCUCGGACAAUCUCUCCGCGGAUGAGAAACUCGAGGCAGAGCGUCUUAUGUUCUUAGAACUCACUCAAGUUUGCCUCUGGGGAAACUCUACCGAUCUCUCGCUCCUCAUCAACAUGACGGAAGACCAGAUCAAGGCCCUCCAGUCGACAGGUGGUGACCAUCUAGCAGCUACUGAGAAGAACAUUCUUGGAAAUCACCUCAAUCGUCUGUGGGACCACGUCAAGAUGCUUCGUGAGAAGACCGGCGGCAGAGUGGACUUCGUUCUCGAUAACGCAGGAUUCGAGCUUUAUUGCGACUGCGUUUAUGCCGACUUCCUCAUUCAGAGCGGCCUCGCGAAUCAAAUCAGGUUCCAUGGAAAGCGCUACCCAUGGUUCGUCUCGGACGUCACCAAGAAGGACUGGGAAUGGCUCCUGAACACCAUGGUUUAUGGCCAACUCUUCCCCAAGGCGAGCGAUGCCGAACUUGAAUCGCUUCGCAGGCUCGGUGCUCGUUGGAAGCAAUAUGAAAAAGAAGGCAAAUGGGUGUAUGAGCAACAUCCUUUCUGGUGCACUGGUUACACCUUCUGGGAUCUGCACUCCGAAGCUCCCGAUUUGUUUCUUCAUCUCUCUCGCUCCGACUUGGUAAUCUUCAAGGGCGAUUUGAACCACCGCAAGCUCACCUACGACUGCGCUGCCCCAGCAAGUACCCCUUUCGACAUCGCAAUUGGGCCUAUGGCCAGUUCGGCUGGUGCCCCGGUUAUUGCCAGUUUGAGAACUAUCAAGAGCGACGUGGUCGUCGGACUCGGUACCGAGGGUGAUGUGAUCGCCGAGCAACUCGACCAGGCGGAGCCGGGAUGGAAGAUCAGCGGAAAAUAUGCCGUCGUUCUGGUUUCUGAAGGCCGUCCUGGAGAAAAGGUCAAAUUCGCCUAG